AUGGGAGACCCAUCUGAACCCAAGGACUUGCCGGAACGCAGCUUGAAGAGAGAUCUCUUCGAAUUUGGCCGGAGACGCAGGACCGACGGUCCUUAUGCGGACAACCUUGACGUCGAUGUAUUGAUCGUUGGAGCAGGGUUCGGGGGCACGUACCUCCUGUAUGAGAUGCGGAAGGCGGGCUUCAAAACCGUGCUGUAUGAAGCAGGUACCUCGUUUGGGGGUACGUGGAGAUGGAACGUAUAUCCAGGCGCCCGGGUCGAUUCUGAGGUUCCCAUCUAUCAGCUGGCCAUUCCCGAGGUAUACAAGACCUGGACCUGGACGACCAACUAUCCAGAUUGGACUGAACUGCAAGCGUAUUUCGACCAUGUAGACAAGGUCUGCGAACUAAGCAAAGAUUGUGCCUUCGAAAGCGUCGUCACAAGUGCGGAGUUUGACACAGACUCUGGGAAAUGGAACAUCAAGACAGCCGAUGGUCGCAAUGCCAAAUGCAGAUUUCUGAUCAUUGCCGCCGGAUUUGCAGCCAAGAGAUAUAUCCCCGAUUUCCCUGGUCUGGAAAAGUUCAAGGGAGUCAUGCACCACUCCUCGUUCUGGCCCAUUGAGGGCGUUGAUGCUCGCGGGAAGAAAGUUGCUGUUAUUGGCACCGGUGCCUCUGGAGUACAGAUCAUCCAGGAAUGGGGACCUCAAGUCGAAAGCUUGACCGUCUUCCAGAGGACACCCAACCUGGCAUUGCCCAUGGGCAAACGCGACAUGACCAAAGAGGAGCAACAAGCAUUGUAUCCAGCAUACGACGACCUCCUUCGCAUGCGGGAGAAGAACUUUGCAGGCUUCACGUACGAGUUUGAGGAACGCAACACGUUUGAAGAUACCCCUGAAGAGCGUGAAGCCGUCUACGAACGUCUGUGGAAGAGGGCCGGCUUUGGCCUCUGGCUGGGCUCUCACAAAGACUACCUGUUCGACUUAAAAGCGAACCGUUGCGUCUACGACUUCUGGCGCAAGAAGCAGGAGACUCGCAUCAAGAACCCUGAGAAACGUGCUCUGCUCUGCCCCGAAGAACCCCCCCACCCAUUUGGUGUCAAGCGACCCUGCCUCGAACAGAAUUACUACGAAGUGCUGGACAGCGACAACGUCAACAUUGUCGACAUUUCGGAAAAGUCCGGCGUCAAGAUUCAAGAGUUUACAGAGAAGGGCAUCAAGACCAGCGAUGGCAAGGAGCACGAACUCGACAUCAUCGCCCUAGCCACGGGCUUUGAUGUCACAACGGGAGGAAUGACAAAUAUGGGCUUGAAGUCCAUUAACGGCACCACCUUGCACGAUGAGUGGAAGGAAGCAGCUUAUACUUAUCUGGGAACCACCAUCUCAGGAUACCCGAACAUGUUCCAUCUCUACGGUCCUCAGGGUCCGACCCUCCUCGCCAACGGCCCGUCUGCCGUUGAAGUUCAAGGCCGCUGGAUUCGCGAUGCCAUCCGAGACAUUGACCGCCAGGGCCUGAAAUACGUAAACCCGACCCAAGAAGCGACCCGGAAGUGGAAGGACCACAUCAACGAGCUGAGUGACAAGACAUUGCUGCCCACCACGAGGAGUACAUACAUGGGCGGAAGCGUUCCAGGCAAGGCGUUCGAACAGGUCAACUACGCGGGCGGCAUCCCGGAGUAUGUCAAGGAGAUCCGGGCCGUGUUGCCGGCGUUCACGGGCUUCCACGUCGUCCAGGCUUGA